AUGGCCUUUGCCGCAGCUGAUGGCCCCGGCGCCGGGGGCUUCAUGCAUCCAUCUCUGCCAUCACCUGCGCCGUCGACAAUGUCAAACUCGACGGCGACUCCGUCUCUGCUCCCGAAACCGAGAUCCCAUCCACUGAAAUCAGGGUCCAUGAAGGAAGCAACGGUGAUCAAUCAUAUCGACUCGCACAUCUUGACGAUCAACCGGCGGCACGCAAAGAAGUUCAGCAGCACGUAUGAUGAUCAGGCGCAGCCGGAGUCGGAGCGCGGCUACGAGAGUUUCCAGGAAGUAGCCAAAGACAUCGAGGGGCUGGUUGAUGUGCUUUGGGUGAGCGGAACUCCAUCACUUCAAAUACCAUACCUGAUAUCGCUGGCGGUAUUGGUCAACACAUAUCUCCCGGACUACCCGUUCUCCCCUAAAGCGACGUUCCGUCUGCUGAGAAAGCUGGACUCCGUGUUUACGUCUCUGCUGCUUGGGGAAGACGCGGACACGGGGGCCCCGCUCUCCGGCUUCGAGAAUAACCGCAACCUCGUCUCCAUGACCGAGAAGGUCCGGAUCAAGAGCAUCGCGGAGACAUGUCGUGUUGCUGUGGUGGAUGCCAGGGAGAAUGACGGGUCGGCGGCGGGUGACGCGGACGGGGACGAGAGUUCCAGUGAUGGGGAUGAGGAUAUGGCUGGGGCGUAUGGUACGGAGGAGUAUGAGAGUCUGGGGCGUUGGGAGAUGGAAACUGCCAAGGUAUACGAGAAGACGAUUCAGUUGCUUGGGGAUGAACUGGGGAAAGUGGAUGAGUAUUGUGAUAAUAAUUGUGCGCCGGGGGAAGCAAGCGAAGGAGCACAGAUGAUUGAUUGA